CAUCGAAAGAACAGAGACGCGGAUGUUCCAGAAACAUCAUCAACAAACGUUUUCUAUUCCCACCGUCCCACAUCAACAACAACCUCUGAAAUCUUUUAAAAACAACAUUAUUCACCUGGAGUGAAGAACAUCGUCGUUGUGAGUCUGCAUUACACGCGUCAGCACAGCAUCUGGAAAAGACCAUUUCAAAUUCAAUCGAAAGUGCAGCAUUUAUUUCUCUGCCUGCAACCCUGAUGCAAUCUAUCAGGAAGUCAUUCAAAUCUUAUGGUUCCUUCAGCCAAACAAAAAGGUUUUCCGGCGCCGGAAACCCCGAUUCUGACCACGAGCAGCUCCCCAUUCUCCUCGACCAAGAAACGCACCGCCACAACGCAAUGCCAGCCGGCGACUACGUCGUCAAAAUCGACGAUGCCGCCAAUCCUUCCCAGGCCAACAAGAUUUGGCGCGACUCAAGCUACGACUCCUGGAGGGGCGAAGGCUCGUCCUCCGCCGCCGGUGACCAGAGUUUUAAUUUCCGGCAGACGGAGGACCCGCCGUCGCAGCUGAUAGGGCGGUUCCUCCACAAGCAACGGGCCUCCGGUGAGAUGCAGCUGGACAUGGAUUUGGAAAUGGAGGAGCUCCAGGACGAUGCCGGCGAAGGAAGGUUGACGCCGGUGGAGGAGUCUCCGGUGAACCAUCGCAAUUCCAGGGAGCUGAAGGUCUCCUUCGAUGAACGCCUUUCCGAUUCGAAUCUCCUCGAACAGCAGAACGACCCCUUCAGAAGAAGGCACAAUAGAGAAUCGCCGACGGUUGAGGAGUCUCCGGUGAACUUUCGCAAUUCCAGGGAGCUGAAGGUCUCCUUCGAUGAACCCCUUCCCAAUUCGAAUCUCCUCGAACAGCAGAACGACACCUUCAGAAGAAGGCACAGCAAGGAAUCGUCGACGAUGGCGGACUUCCAACGCCCUCCGCAACCGCCGCAGUACGACCAUCGUCGCUCGCCUUCGCCGUCGCCUGUUGACGAUGGCGAGGUCCUUCGGUGCACCUCGAACGCUUCCUUCGAGAGAAACCUCUCCAUGCAGAGAAAAUCUGCGUUGUUGAAGGCCAAAACGAGAUCCAGGUUGCUGGCCCCGCCAGACGAAUCCGAGAGAAAAUCGAGUCGGAUUAUGAAAUCGGGUCAGCUCCAGUCCGGGUUUUUAGGGAGGAAGGGUGAUGAGGAGGAGGACGAUCCGUUUUUGGAAGAGGAUCUUCCUGAUGAGUUUAAGAAGACUCAUUUCAGCUUCUGGAUUCUUCUGGAGUGGGUGAGUUUGAUUUUGAUCAUUGGGUUUUUGAUAACCACCCUUUGCAUUCCCUUUCUGAGGGAGAUGAAUCUGUGGCAUCUUAAAUUAUGGAAAUGGGAGGUUAUGGUUCUGGUUUUGAUAUGUGGGAGAUUGGUGUCUGAUUGGGUCAUUAGGAUUGCUGUGUACUGCAUUGAGAGGAACUUCCUCUUGAGGAAGAGGGUAUUGUAUUUUGUGUACGGUGUGAAGAAAGCAGUUCAGAAUUGUGUUUGGUUGGGGCUCGUGUUGAUUGCAUGGCAUUUGUUGUUUGACCAGAGGGUGCAGAGGGAGACCCACAGUAAUUUCCUUGAGUAUGUUAACAAGGUUUUGGUGUGCUUCCUUGUGGGGACUUUGGUGUGGUUGCUCAAGACUCUCAUGGUUAAGGUGUUGGCCUCUUCUUUCCAUGUGAGUACCUACUUUGAUAGGAUUCAGGAGUCACUGUUUAAUCAGUAUGUGAUUGAGACGCUUUCGGGGCCUCCAUUGGUGGAGAUUCAGAAGGCUGAAGAGGAGGAGGAGAGGCUUGCUGAUGAGGUCCAGCAGCUGCAGAAUGCUGGGGUUACCAUACCCCCUGACCUUAAGGCAACUGCUUUUUCUGAUAUCAAGAGUGGCAGGUCCAGGAGUGGAGUGCUCAAGAGCCCCAGAGCUAAGAGCGCCAAGUUUUCGCGCCCUCUUUCCAAGGGCUCUGACGAUGGUGAUGUUAUCACCAUUGAUAACCUCAACAAGCUCAACCCCAACAAUAUCUCUGCCUGGAAUAUGAAAAGGCUGAUGAACAUGGUCCGGCAUGGGGCUCUUAGCACCUUGGAUGAACAGAUACUUGAUAGCGCCAAUGAAGAUGAGAACGCCACGCAGAUCAGAAGUGAAAACGAGGCAAAAGUUGCUGCUAAGAAAAUAUUUCAAAAUGUUGCUAGGCGUGGGUGCAGGUAUAUAUACCCGGAUGACUUGAUGCGAUUUAUGCAAGAAGACGAAGCUGCAAAAACCAUGAAUCUCUUCGAAGGAGCAUCUGAUUCUGGGAGAAUAAGCAAAGCUGCUUUGAAGAACUGGGUGGUCAAUGCCUUCAGGGAAAGGAGAGCGCUCGCAUUGACACUAAAUGACACAAAAACGGCAGUGAACAAACUUCAUCGAAUGCUCAAUUUUAUAGUUGGAAUUGUUGUACUGAUUAUUUGGCUCUUGAUAUUGGAACUUGCCACCACCAAAUUUCUUGUCUUUUUGAGUUCACAGAUUGUCUUGGUUACAUUUAUAUUUGGAAACACCUGCAAGACCAUAUUUGAGGCAAUUAUUUUCCUAUUUGUCAUGCACCCAUUUGACGUGGGAGAUAGAUGUGAAAUUGAUGGGAUUCAGAUGAUCGUAGAAGAAAUGAACAUAUUGACAACUAUAUUUCUGAAAUACGAUAAUCAUAAGGUGAUCAUCCCUAACAGUGUCCUUGCUACCAAGGCUAUAUUUAACUAUUACCGGAGUCCUGACAUGCAAGAUAUUAUCGAAUUCUACAUACAUGUAUGCACCCCAGUUGAAAAGAUUUCACUUAUAAAACACAGAAUAACCAGUUUCUGUGAAAGCAAGAAGGAGCACUGGUAUCCUUCACCUACUGUAGUAGUCAGGGAUCAUAUAGACAUACACAUGGUGAAAAUGGCUAUCUGGCCCAGUCAUAGAAUGAACUUCCAAGAUCAGACAGAAAGGCAUAUGAGGAGAUCCAUGUUGCUUGAAGAGUUGAUUAAGAUUUUCAGGGAACUCGACCUUAAUUACCGCCUCUUGCCGCUGGACGUUAACGUCAGAGCCGUGCCUACCUCCUCUGAACGGCUUCCACCUAGUUGGCAAUCGAUUCCAAGCUGAGCAGAAGCAAAUUCAUGUAAUUCAAAGCCCCUUUUUGUGUGGAAUACCCAUGGCGUUAACUGCUAAGAGGCACUAUAUUUUAGCAGGAUAGCAUGUGUAAAGAAAAUGGCUUUGGUUUUUCUUAGUUAGAUUAGUUUCAUAUGUACCAAGCUUAGUCUGUAGCUAUGAAGCAUGUCUAGGCACACGCAUGUAGUAGAUGUGGUGAAAUUAGAAGUAGUAAUCAUUAUCUUGUCUUGUUUAUACUUUCACUAUCAAAGUUCCCUGAUUCUAUACCUUGCCUCCAUUUAAAAAUUUUGAAAGUUUGCAAUGCAUUUAUUUUGAAGAUA